AAUAAUGUGAAAUAGAUUAGUUUGUAGCUGUGAAGCCCACUGGGUGAAAUGCUAUAAUAAUAAUGUAGCUAUUUUAAAUUCCUUGAAGAGUAGACUAAUAUUCAUGAUUACCCAACUAAAGAAAAAAAUGUCCAAUCUCAGGCUGAUAGGUCAGAUCUAGAAAUAUGUGGAUGCUGCCAUCUUGUGGUGGAAGAAUCAUCUUUCCUUUAAUGUAUGUUUCAUUAUACUCCCAGUGUUAACUAGAGGUAAUGUGAAUAUGAUUACUGUGGAAUACAAGUCACAGCAGGUUUCAAAUAUUUAGACCUCAAGAUACAGUAUAAUAUGUAAAAACAAAAAAAAGUGUUUAAAAACUUAGGUUGUCAUGUCAAACCAUACUGUUCCUUUAUGAACACAGUCUCAGUUGCCUCAGCUCACAGCUACCUCCCAGUUUAUUUUCCUCAGCAACUCCCAGCACAAACAAACAAGCAUUAAUGCAGGACGAGUCGGGCGAGCACUGACUGACUAGAGUGUGAGUUCAGCAGCAGCAAGACGUGUGGGGCUCUCACUGCAGCCAUGACUGUAAGUAUGAUCUCUUUCCUACAGAAAACAAAAUUAUGGUCUCAGGUAUGUUGACUUAUCCAAAUUCACAGGGACUGUAAUGAAGUUGUUACAGAGCAGGAAGCGCACUGCUUAGCAACGUGUAGAGUGUUGUGUAAAUAUAAUGAGGUGUGUUUGAGCUUGUUCCUGAACAUCAGGCCACAUUUAACUAAAUAUUAAGCAAGUAUGACUUCAAGAUGUGUUUUUCCUCUUCCUACCAGGAAGCCUUUGAAAAAGCAGUAGAGGAGGCCAGGGUACUGAAACAAAGACCAGGCCAAGGAGAGAUAUCUGAACUAUAUGGUUUAUAUAAGCAAGCCACAGUUGGUGAUAUUGACAUAGAGCGUCCAGGGAUAUUUGACUUCACAGGAAGAGCAAAAUGGGAUGCAUGGAAUGCAAAGAAAGGUCUGUCCAAAGAUGAGGCGAUGGCAUCCUAUGUUGAUUUGGUGGAGAAGCUAAAGGCCAAAUAUGGAAUCUAGCACCUGUUUCUGAAAAACGCUAUAGUGUUUAAAUUGUCACUCAGGAGGCAGCACUUUGCAGAGACAGUGCUGUUGCCACUGUGUGUGAGUUGGCGCUGCAGAUAGCUGCCUCGGUCCUGUACCGGAGGCAGAUUCCUUGUGUGUAACAUACAGUACUUGGCCAAUAAAAGUGAGUAAACCUAAAAUUUUCUUCUCAGUAGAAACUGCAAAUUGAAGGAUCUUGUUUAGAAGUGAUUUAUAUGGUAACUUUGUUACUGUGCAAGUCAUAAUUGGUUAACAUUUUAGAGAACAAUGCACUUUUGAGUGCAAAAGCUAAAACUACACAGCCAAACUAGCCAUUUUCCUCUGCCUCCACUUUUUCUGCUAAGCUAAGCUAAUUACCUGCUGGCUCUAGCUUCUUGUUUAGUGAACACACAUGAAAAUGUUAUCAGUAACUUGAAAGCGAAUAAGUAUUUUUUGCACAAAAUGUUGAAACCAUUUCUUUUUGUGCAGACCGUUUAUAUUUCCUAUAUAAAAGUGAUUAAACACAAAGGAUCUGUAUACAGGACUGAUGAUCAUAAAUAAAGACUUGUCCUUUGGGCUUCCAA